GAAGGAGGUCCACGGAAGAUGUUAAUGUUCAUAACGUCGGCUUGUAAACAUCAAAAGUAAACGGUGCUGAGGAUUAUCUGAAAGGUCAAAGCUGGUCAAGUUUUACAGACGAAGAACCAUUAUGGCCCCUACUUUGUAUGACGACAAACCAGAGCCCGGAGACCUGAUAGAAAUCUUCUGUGGCUCUUAUCAGCACUGGGCAGUGUACAUCGACGAUGGCAUGGUUGUCCACUUGGCACCACCAUUUGAUGUUCCAGAUGCAGGCAGCAUGAUAUCUGUGUUUGCAGAGAAGGCCGUGGUGAAGACAGAGGAGCUGUGGGAUGUUGCUGGGACCAACCAGUGGAAAAUUAACAACAGUUUGGAUGACAGUUACAACCCUCGUCCUGCUCACGUGAUUGUGAGGGAGGCCUGUGCGCUGGUCGGCGAUGAGCUGCCAUUCUGCGUCUUCAGGGGGAACUGUGAGCACUUUGUCAAUGAGUUGCGCUAUGGCAAAGCAGAGUCUCGCCCGGUGCGUAAGGCCGGAGAAGCAGCGAUGGUUGCAGGUGUGGCGACAGUGGUGGGUCUGGGGAUUGUGGCUCUGGCUGGGGCCCUGUUUGGAGGAAGGCAAAAGGAAAAGAAGAAUACACAGUGACUUUUUCUGAGCUCAACUGGAACAAAAUCUGACUCUCCACCCACACUGCCUUCUUAAAGUACAAAAUAAUUUUUGGGGGAUAUUUAAUUCUAAUUUUGUAUUGCUGCCUCAUUUUAUGCUCAGUUUGGUGAAGUACUCCAUGAGUCUCAUUUAUACUGCUGCCUAUGCAGAAAAUGAGACCUGAAAAAUAGGUUUAGAUAUUUGAGGUGUUUUACUUUUUCAACCAUUCAUGUUUGAAUGU